GCAAAUAUAUUGAAAUGUUGAGAAGUGCGAGUUUUUGGCGGGAUCUGGAGCAAUUUCCUCGACUUCGCACUGUUCGAUCACGAUGGCGCUGGUGUGCGGCGAAGAGAAAAGUGCAUCCUGCGGCGCUGGCGGCGUAUAACAGCUGUAGUACACUUUACUGUCAUCACAGAAGAAAAUCAAUAUUUUCCUCAUUUCUGCCGAUACAGUCGAAAUAACCCAAAUUCAUCGCAAUCGUUUGCAUACAAAAGAGCUGAGCGACGAAGCAAGAUGGCACCAGUUCGUGGCGAUGGAAUGAGAGGACUCGCCGUCUUCAUUUCCGACAUAAGAAACUGCAAGAGCAAAGAGGCGGAGAUCAAGCGAAUAAACAAGGAAUUGGCGAAUAUUCGCAGCAAGUUUAAGGGUGACAAGACUCUGGAUGGAUAUCAGAAAAAGAAAUAUGUCUGCAAGUUGCUGUUCAUUUUUCUCUUGGGUCAUGACAUCGAUUUUGGCCACAUGGAGGCGGUAAAUCUGCUGUCGUCGAAUAAAUACUCCGAGAAACAGAUCGGCUAUCUCUUCAUCUCGGUGCUUGUAAAUACAAACAGUGACUUGAUAAAAUUGAUUAUCCAGAGUAUCAAGAAUGAUUUGCAGUCGCGUAUCUCCAUCCAUGUUAACUUGGCUCUGCAGUGUAUCGCCAAUAUUGGCAGUCGUGACAUGGCUGAGGCGUUCUCCAAUGAGAUUCCGAAGCUGCUGGUGUCUGGAGAUACCAUUGAUGUCGUGAAGCAGUCCGCUGCCCUUUGCCUUCUGAGGCUCUAUCGCACUUGCCCGGACAUUAUUCCGGGCGGCGAGUGGACUAGCAGGAUUAUUCAUCUGCUUAAUGAUCAGCACAUGGGCGUUGUGACGGCCGCUACGAGUCUCAUUGACGCACUGGUGAAGAAGAAUCCGGAAGAGUACAAGGGAUGCGUGAGUUUAGCUGUGUCACGUCUAUCCAGGAUUGUCACUGCGAGUUAUACAGAUCUUCAGGAUUACACGUACUACUUCGUGCCGGCGCCAUGGUUGUCCGUGAAGCUUCUGCGUUUGCUGCAGAACUACAAUCCAGUGACGGAGGAUCCGGGCGUUCGUGGGCGUCUCAAUGAGUGCCUCGAGACGAUUCUGAAUAAGGCGCAAGAGCCACCAAAGAGCAAAAAAGUGCAGCACUCAAAUGCAAAGAAUGCCGUGCUGUUUGAAGCCAUCAAUCUGAUCAUUCACAGCGACAGUGAGCCGAAUCUCCUCGUGCGUGCAUGCAAUCAGCUGGGUCAGUUCUUGAGCAAUCGUGAGACCAACUUGCGCUACCUCGCGCUGGAGUCGAUGUGCCACUUGGCAACGUCGGAGUUCAGUCAUGAGGCGGUGAAGAAGCACCAGGAGGUGGUGAUCCUCAGCAUGAAGAUGGAGAAGGAUGUGUCGGUGCGCCAGCAAGCCGUUGACCUUCUCUAUGCCAUGUGUGACAGAAGCAAUGCAGAGGAGAUUGUCCAAGAAAUGCUCAACUAUCUGGAGACAGCGGAUUACUCCAUUCGCGAAGAGAUGGUCCUCAAGGUUGCCAUCCUGGCGGAGAAAUACGCCACGGACUACACUUGGUAUGUGGAUGUGAUUCUCAAUCUCAUCCGUAUUGCCGGUGACUAUGUGAGUGAGGAAGUGUGGUAUCGCGUCAUCCAGAUCGUCAUCAACCGCGAGGAGGUGCAAGGAUAUGCGGCCAAGACGGUGUUUGAGGCUCUCCAGGCGCCCGCGUGCCAUGAGAACAUGGUCAAGGUGGGCGGAUACAUUCUGGGGGAGUUUGGCAAUCUCAUUGCCGGCGAUUCGCGCUCAGCGCCGAUGGUGCAGUUCAAGCUGCUGCACUCCAAGUACCACCUAUGCUCAUCCAUGACGCGUGCUCUGCUGCUGUCCACAUACAUCAAGUUCAUAAAUCUGUUCCCAGAGAUCCGGAGCACCAUUCAGGAGGUGUUCAGACAGCACAGCAAUCUCCGUUCGGCGGAUGCGGAGCUGCAGCAGCGCGCCAGUGAGUAUCUGCAGCUGAGCAUUGUGGCAUCCACGGAUGUAUUGGCCACGGUGCUAGAGGAAAUGCCGUCAUUCCCUGAGCGCGAGAGCUCCAUUCUGGCGGUGCUGAAGAAGAAGAAGCCCGGUCGAGUGCCGGAGAAUGAGAUUCGGGAGAAUAAGAGCCCAAUACCCGCCACGGCGAAUAAUACUCAUCAGAAUAGCAAUCAUACAUCGAACAGCACCAAUGCGGAUCUUCUAGGGCUCAGCACACCGCCGUCUGGCAAUCAGAACAGCCAGGGAACGUUGAUUGAUGUGCUCGGAGACAUGUACAACAACUCGUCGGCGGUGGUGUACAACACGAAGAAGUUCCUCUUCAAGAACAAUGGCGUGCUGUUCGAGAAUGAGCUCAUUCAGAUUGGGGUGAAGAGUGAAUACAGGCAGAAUUUGGGACGCUUGGGCUUGUACUAUGGCAACAAGACUCAGACGCCGCUUACCAACUUCUCGCCGGUGCUUCAGUGGCCGGCGGAGAAGGCGUCGCUGCUGAGUGUGCAGAUCAAGGCAGUGGAGCCGACUCUGGAAGCUGGAGCGCAGAUACAGCAGCUCCUCAAUGCGGAGUGCGUUGAGGACUUUGCCGAUGCGCCAUCCAUUGAUCUGUCCUUCCGGCACAAUGGCGUCCACCAGAAGGUGAACAUCAAGCUUCCGCUAACACUCAAUAAGUUCUUCGAGCCAACGGAAAUGAAUGGAGAGUCGUUCUUUGCCAGAUGGAAGAAUCUCGGAGGAGAGUCCCAGCGAGCACAAAAGGUAUUCAAGGCACAACUUCCACUGGACUUGCAAGCAGCUAGGACUAAACUAAUGGGCUUCGGGAUGCAAUUGCUGGAGAGCAUCGAUCCGAAUCCCGACAAUAUGGUGUGCGCGGGAAUCAUUCACACUCAAACACAGCAAGUGGGCUGUUUGCUGAGACUGGAGCCCAACAAGCAAGCUCAGAUGUUUAGAUUGACCAUCAGAUCGAGCAAGGAAAGUGUUACAAAGGAGGUUUGCAAUUUGCUUGUUGACCAAUUUUAAAAGUUUUGCACACGCGACAAAAGACAGUGAGCAGAGAGCGUGAAAAUGGGGGAAAACGUUAGACGUUAAAUGUUAUUCUUUGUCCUCCUGUUGUACUGUGUAUAUGUAAUUUCGUGAAAUGACGAGAAAGAUCGUGUGGAGAUGGCAAAGAUGGAUAUUUUCUGUUGGACAAAGAUAGGAAAAAACUGAAUUGUACCCCGAAAAAUCCCAUUCAGAUUGAGCUGCAAGUGAGCUCAAAAUAAGGUAUAAUUGUACAUGAAGAGGAGAGAAAGUAAUAAUCUCAAAAAGAGUUUAAUUUAAGGACUAUAUUAAAGAUUUAUCAUAUAAAGAGAAGAAAUAAUAAUGAAUAUUGCAAAUAUUUGAAAACCUAGGCAUAAUUUAAUGGAAAGAUUGAGCAAGAAGUAUUCAAAAUUUACCUGUAAAGAACAAUUUAAAUGCUAAAAUGAAAUUUAGGCAUAUUGGCUACAUAGCAAAAUGAGAAAUCCAGUAAAACUAAGAGUAUACUAUUGAGAAAUAGUGUAAAAAAAAAUCCUAGAGAAGCACUUUCAGAUGCUAAAUGAUCAGAAUAAUUGUCGUUUAUCCUACUUUAUUACUAUUUUUUGUAUAUUUUUCGUUACAUUUAUAUUCUCUUUUCCUUUUUACAAUGAAUUUAUAUACGAAAUGAGAGAAUUUGUGGAGAUGAGAGACUCCUGAAAUACUUUAUCUGUCGCAUAUUCAGUUAAAAAUUUUGUAUAUUUCUGGAAAAAUCGUCGCUUGAUUCAGUUGUUUGGGAAAUAGUAAGGCGGAAUCACUCAUGAAAUAUCGUAGAAGUAAAUAUUACUGUUGGCAGUCAUACAUACAUAUAUUGAGCAAAUACUGCGAUAAAAUGUAUUACAGAAUUAAUAUAAGACAAUAUAUAUAAAGAUAAAUCAAA